AUGUCUCGUCGUCCAGGCUUUGAACUAAAGACUCCCAAAGGCACUCGCGACUGGGUUGGGUCAGACCUGGCUUGGCGUGAAGAUAUCUUCCAGACGAUCAGCAGUGUGUUCAAACGCCACGGAGGCACUCCCCUAGACACACCCGUUUUUGAGCUCAAGGAAGUUCUUGCAGAAAAGUAUGGCGAAGAUGCGCAUCUGGUGUAUGACCUGGCCGACCAAGGUGGCGAAAUCUGCUCUUUGCGAUUCGACCUGACGGUUCCGUUUGCUCGCUGGCUGGCCAUGAAAAAAAUCACACAUGUGAAGCGCUACCAGAUCGCAAAGGUCUAUCGGCGAGACCAACCAGCGAUAUCACGGGGUAGACUUCGCGAAUUCCACCAAUGCGAUUUCGACAUUGCCGGCCUUUAUGACCCUAUGAUUGCUGACGCUGAGAUUCUGAGUAUCAUCGCUGAGGUCUUUGAGGCCCUCGAUUUGAAGAUUACAAUAAAGAUCAAUCACAGACAGAUUCUGGAUGGCCUGUUCGCAGUUGCGGGUGUUCCGGACGAAAAGAUGCGCUCAAUUAGCUCAGCAUUAGACAAGAUGGACAAGAUGUCGUGGAGCGAAGUUAAGAGAGAAAUGGUUCAGGAGAAAGGCCUCUUAGAAGAGGUUGCGGAUCGAAUUGGCGACUAUGUUCGACGCAGCGGUGAUAUUUACGAGGUGCUACAGUUUCUCGAGUCGAAUCCAGGAUUUUCCGCAAAUGAGAAUAUGAAAGCGGGACUUCACGACAUGCGCCUUCUUGUCUCCUAUUUGGAGGCACUAGAUGUUGUUAACAAGGUUUCUUUCGACCUUUCGCUCGCUCGAGGUCUCGACUACUACUCUGGUUUGAUAUUUGAGAUUAUUACCAAACCGCCUAGCGGUAAUGUUGCCGUGGUUUCUGGUGAAGGAAUUCAAAGUUCAGAACAGCGCAAGCCUGAGCCAAGUCAGGUUGGUAGCAUUGCUGCUGGUGGUCGGUAUGACAGUCUGGUGGGCAUGUACGGCAAGCGCCCUAUCCCGUGUGUCGGCGUCUCGUUUGGUGUGGACCGCAUCUGCACCGUUCUUGAAGAAAGACGCGAGAAAGCGCAGAAACCGAAGAUUGAUGUGUAUAUCAUGGCGUUUAGUGGCAAAGAUUCCAACGGAUUUCUUUUGGAACGCAUGAUGGUAGCUCGCCAACUAUGGGAUGCGGGUAUCCGGGCCGAGUUUGCAGCUAAAGUGAAGCCCAAUCUGCCUCAGCAGUUCAAGGCGGCGAAGGACUUGCCCCUCGCCGUCAUCUUUGGCCAGGACGAACUAUCUGCCGGGCAAGUCAGGUUAAAAGUUCUGCUGCCAGAUAAUGAUGAAAAUGACACCAAAGAUCGAGGCCAACUUGUCUCUAGAGAGGACCUGGUUGAAGAAGUAAAGAAGCUACUAAAGAUUACUAUUUCCAAUUAA